AUGUUGCGUAAUAUCAUUAGGUUUAAGGGAUUCAGAAAAGUGAUCAAUGGAGGAUUCUCAAAGCCUUCGUUAUCUAGUGUCAAGUUAACGCGGCGUUACAACUACAACAACGGUCCUUCAUAUCGUCGAUUUGACAACGGGGACUAUUCCCAAAAAUCAUCAUUCAAGAAUUUUCUUCUCGACAAGUCAUCAAGAAAAUACUUGGCCAUAUUAUUCGGUGGUUGUUCCUUGUUUUAUUUCACGCAUUUGGAUAGAGCACCAGUAAGCGACAGGUCCAGAUUCAUCUGGGUAUCGCGUCCAUUAGAGUUGACUAUCGGAAAUUACACAUAUAAGGCAACUUGGAGACAAACUCAGCAGGCAAUCUUACCUUCACAUCAUCCGUUGUCCAUUAAAAUUGAGAACAUUUUUAUGAAGAUCGUCGAAGCUGCUUACAAGGACCCUAGCGUAGACAACUCAUUGCUGGAUGGAAUCAAGUGGGAAAUACAUGUGGUCAAUGAUCCAACUGCCUCACCAAAUGCAUUUGUUUUACCAGGGGGGAAGGUGUUCGUAUUCAGUUCUAUUUUACCCAUUUGUGCUAAUGACGAUGGGAUUGCCACUGUCUUAGCUCACGAAUUUGCUCACCAACUGGCAAGACACACUGCUGAAAACUUAUCGAAAGCUCCGAUAUAUUCUCUAUUAGGCUUGGUAUUAUAUACUGUUACCGGAGCUAAUGUCAUCAAUAAUCUGCUAUUGGAUGGAUUUUUGCGAAUGCCAGCAUCAAGACAGAUGGAGACCGAAGCUGACUACAUCGGUUUAAUGAUAAUGUCAAGGGCAUGUUUUCAACCACGAGAAUCUAUAAAAGUGUGGGAAAGAAUGGCAAACUUUGAGAAGCAACUGAACGGGGGCGAAGUUGUAAAUAUGGAGUUCUUAAGUACACAUCCAGCAAGCACUCGUAGAAUAGAAAAUAUGGCGAAAUGGUUGCCACAAGCUAGUGAAAUAUAUGAACAGUCCGACUGUGGCAGUAUGGGGAACUAUUAUAAAAGUUUCUUUUCCAUAUAG